GAAUAUUGCCUUCCAUUGUCCCGCAAGCGCCGCGCAACGGCGCUCCUCCGUCACGAAGCACAGGAGCGCGCGCGCGAGGAUACUCUGCCGUCCGCGCGUCGACGAGACGCGUCGACGUCCCCGCGAUGUCACGAACAGCUCGAUACAGGAAGUCGUAGUGAGGAUAUCGAGAAUCAUCGCUCGGGUGCAUUCAGUCGGAGCAUUUUCUCGAGAUAAGUCGAGGGGUAGGGGGACCCUGCCGCGCGAUCGUCUCGCACGGCCGUCUAUGUGAAACGACGCGCUCCGUGGCGUCGCGGCGUGUUGCUGUGCGUCGCGAACGGCGACGGACGGCGGGUUUACAGGGAACGGAACGGAGCGCGUACAGACACGUCGUGGACGCGGAACAGACGGUACAGCCGGUGCACGUACGUGCCGCGCGCGAGUGCUCGCGUGGGAGAGUGCGCGCGCGAGAGAGAGAGAUAGAUAGAUAGAACGAGGCGUUGUUUUCCCGACCGGCUUUCUGGCUGCUGCGCGUUGCGAGGGACGGCGGACGCUCGCAAGACGAGAAGGUUAUACCAUCGCGUCGACGUCGGACACGCGUUGUCAGAGCUGCGUGAAGGGACAAGGGCUGAGCGAGGCGAACUGGAUAAAGAGAGACAGCUGAGUGAGCGCGCGCGCGAUCACCUGUGCGUGCUGCGACAGGCGUAUUGGUUGGUGGACGGUCGGUCGGUCGGUGGUUGGCGCGUGUGCGGUGAACACAGCAGUUGCAUCCCGACGUCGCCCGCCGUGUGCAUGCACGCUCGUUACGAGUGAGGAAAAGAAGAGAGGCAGCAUGGUGGAGUCGCCGGAAGCAGCGGUCGCGUCGGGCUACCGCGCGUAACCGCGAGGAUCCGUCCGCGUAUAUUAUAGCCCCUCUCUUCCCGCUCGGCCCAACGUUCGCCCGUUUGUCAGGGCAUUAACACGAGGGGGACCGUCACGCGUUUCGGAGUAUCACGGAGCAGCAGCAGCAGAAUCGAGAACGUGCGCGACUACGUGUGUACGUGCGUGUGUGUACGUGUGCGCGUCCGGAUAUCAACCCCGCGGUGGUCAUCAACGGUCCCUGCCGCGGGACUGAUCGCGUUCCGCGAUCGGGGGGGUAGAAAAAAAAUAAACAUGGUGGCGGCGUGAGAGCGCCGACGACGAGGGGUCGACGGAUCGAGCGAGACGGACGGAUUGGUCGACGGGGGGAACCGGGAGGGGGUCCCGCGGGCGAGAGAGCGAGAGGAAGCAGCCAGUGAUCGGCUGGCCAGUCAGUGCGUCAGAAGCGACGAAUUCGACCGGCGCUCCCUUUGUCCGCGCUUCGGAAUACCCGAGGAAGAGAAAGAGAGAGAGAACGAGAGACGCCACAGGGCCGAGAGCGAGCGGGACACGGAAUUACGGUGAAUCGCGACGAAUCGAGACACGAUCGUCUCGCAGCCAGCAUUCGAUCGGGUUGAUGCUGACGGGACGAGGACGCGACCGUCGAGGCGCGGCCACUUCGCACCUCGCAUCGAAUACCCCCGGUUCGAUUUUCGUGCGCGCGAACGUAUCGCUGUCCGACACGGCGUCGACGAGGACUUGCUCCUCCUCCUCCCUCGGUACGUCACGCUGCGACGUGCUUAAUCGGCGUGCAACGGUGACGGCGCCACGGUGCCGCAUGGGGUUAUGUUGCCGUCGACGGUGGCUCGCGUGAUUCACUGGAGCCGGUGACGAAGAGAGGAGCAACGGAUUUCCCGACGGCGAGAGAAAACCGAUGGCCGGGCUGUGAGAGAUGCCGGGAAGCGAUCGUUCCUCGAUAGAAGAGAAACGAAAGAGAAAAGGGGAAAACGGAAGAUUGAUCAGGUGGCCGUUGGAGUUCGAAGACUGACAGUGCGCGAUCCGAUAAAUCACAUCCCCGUUACGAUAAAGAAAAGAAGGAGCAGAGUGCGAACCGUGUUUUGUGUCAUCGCCGUUCCGUACGUCGCCGGCUUUCGCGUCGCGAGUGCCGCGUGAGUGCGGGAUCCCGUGUGACCGCAAGUGUUUGUGUUUACGUGAAAAUCGCGGAAUUUGCUCGGAGCAAGGAGCAAUACCUUCGAAAGAGUGUACGAUAUCCAAGGAUAACGGUGUUUGUCAACGACGAAGUUCGCGCGGAUGAAGCGACGGCCACUUGCUCCGUGUCGCCGCGAAGUAGAAUAAUCGAUUGGCAACGAGGAGUAUCGGUGGAUCGAGUUGCCGGGUGACGUGACGCGACACGACACGACACGGCACGACGUGAUUGCCCCUCGGAGAUAUUUUCGGGCGUCGACCCGUAGGAUGGAGCAACAGCAGCAGCCGCGGCAGCAUCGGCGGCGACGACGACGGCAGCAGCGCGGCGACCACGACGGAGUCGUCAAACCCGCGGCGACCCGGUGCCAAUAACCUCCGUCGGCCAGGUCCGGAACUUGGCAAGCCGCGCUUCCACGCACGGCGAGCGACGAUGCGCCCGCGCCCGUCGCGCGCGACGAAUCAUCAAAUUAGAAGACUCGAAAGGGGGCCCGCGCGCGAGCGAGGGGGACGACGCGACCGUCAGUGGCCGGGCCCGAAUCGUCGGUGCCAGCUGACAAUAAUAAUCGGCGAUUCUUGCCGGCGAAUCGACGCGGACGGCUGGUGACGAGAGUGCGGUUCCGUACAGUUCCUCCUCCUCUUCCUCCUGCACCCUCGCUUCUUCGUUCCGCGUUUUCUCCCGCUCGAUCCGGUCGCGAUCAUUCGCGCCGAGGUCGCAUAAUCGGGAGAGAUCAAUCGGAUGAACAGACGAACAAGUGAUCGAUCGUGAUUCGACUCGUCGUCGCGCGAGUGCAUUUUUCUUUUCUCUAGUCCGCUGCGUUUACGUGUGCGAGGAGGAAGCGCGCUUCUCCGGAAGAUUCUACCGACCGAAGGAAUUGAUCGCGCGUACAUCACGUGCGCGAGUCACGCGGGGGCUGACGCAACGGCCGUCGUUGUUUCUUGGGGAACGAUCCUGAAACCGCGCGUUCCCGGAAGUCUGAUGCUCUCGCGGCCCGGUGAUGUUCCUCGACGGUCGUCGCGAGAACGAGACUGAUCUUUCGACGUAGCUUAUUAAAUCGACGUUUGAGAGGGAACGAUCUUGGAGCUUUCAAUCUUGAGGCCGCCGUCGUCUUAACGGAGCAACAUGUUCCUCGUCGGGUUCGAGCUGGUCUCCGAUACGUUGAGCAAGAGUGCGAAAGCCACACGCGCGAAAAUAAACGCACGGAGACGCUGAUCGUGCGUGCACGCGCGCGCGAUCGACGAUCCGAGCUCGCCCGGGUUCUCGAUGAAGUCGCACCUCAACGAGGGUUAAAUAGAGACGGACAUACAGCGAACAAAUGGGCACCAAUGACUAGCUUAGCCCUGUCGGCGGCAAGCAGGAUCGAGAUGCCCCUCUCCAAAUCGAAUCCGUUCGUGCCGGCGAGCGCGAUCUCGACGCAAUCGUACAUCUCGAGCAACGAUAGUGGCAACCACCUGCCACCGAUCGUCAAGGGUACCGGGCUGACCGGCCUGAAGCAGACCGGUGGCGGCGGAGGCGGCGGCGGCGGCGGCGGCGGGGGCGGCGGCGGCGGUGGCGGUGGCGGUGGAGGCGUCGGUAGUGGCGGCGGCGGAAGCAGCGGCGGUGACGACUCGGUGCCUUAUACAGGCUACCAGAGACUGCCGUGGAAAGGCGAGAACUUCGGCCUGAAUCACUGGUCCGUGAGUCACAAUUCCAGCCACAACUCACACUCGCAGCCCAACAGUCAGUCGAGCAGUCCGGUGGUGAGAAACGGCCGCACCGAUGGCAACAGCAACAGCGGUGGUGGACGUGGUGGUGGUGAUAGCGGCGGAAGCGGCGGAGGCGGUGGCAGCGGCAACAGCAACAGCAUCGUCAGCGUCAAACCGAAGACGGCGAUCAUCACGCCGGAGAUGGUGAUGAAGUUGUACAUGAACAAGCUCACGCCGUUCGAGCACCAUGAGAUCUUUAACUACCAGCAGAUCUAUUUUAUAGGCGCGAAUGCGAAGAAACGGCCGGGCAUCAUCGGUCGGCCGCACAACAACGAGUACGACAACGAACAGGGCUCGUACAUCCACGUGCCGCACGACCACGUGGCGUAUCGCUACGAGGUGUUGCGCGUGAUCGGCAAGGGCUCGUUCGGUCAGGUGGUCAAGGCCUACGAUCACAAGACGCACGAGCACGUGGCGCUGAAGAUGGUGCGCAACGAGAAGCGCUUCCACCGCCAGGCACACGAAGAAAUUCGCAUAUUGCGCAAGCUGCGCGAGCAGGAUAAAGACAACACCAUGAACAUCAUCCACAUGUUCGAUUCGUUUACGUUCCGCUGCCACAUGUGCAUCACGUUCGAACUGCUCAGCAUCAACCUGUACGAGCUCAUCAAGAAGAACAACUUCAAGGGCUUUAGCCUGCAGCUCGUGCGCAAGUUCUCGCACUCGUUGCUCCUCUGCCUGGAUGCGCUCUACAAAAACAAAAUCAUACACUGUGACAUGAAGCCAGAAAACGUGCUCCUGAAACAGCAGGGUCGUAGCGGCAUCAAGGUGAUAGAUUUUGGCUCGAGUUGCUACGAGAAUCAACGAGUGUAUACAUAUAUCCAGAGCCGUUUCUAUCGGGCGCCAGAAGUAAUCCUAGGCGCGAGGUACGGCAUGCCGAUCGACAUGUGGAGUCUCGGUUGCAUCCUCGCGGAACUGUUCACCGGUUUGCCGCUGCUGCCGGGCGAGGACGAGGCCGACCAGCUAGCGUGCAUCAUCGAGAUGCUAGGCAUGCCGCCACAGCGGUUGCUGCAGAACUCGAAACGGUCGCGCCAAUUCAUCAGCUCGAAGGGCUACCCGAAGUACUGCACCGCGACGGCGAUGCCGGACGGCACAACAGUGCUAAGCGGGGGUCUCUCGAGACGAGGGAAGCUACGUGGUCCGCCAGGCUCGCAUAAUCUUGAGCGCGCCCUGAAGGACUGCGACGACAUGCUGUUCGUGGACUUUCUCAGGCGUUGCCUGGUGUGGGAGCCAGAGUACCGGAUGACACCAAACAAGGCGCUCAGGCAUCCAUGGCUGCGCCGUCGACUGCCAAAGCCGCCGGGUGACAAGAACGAUACGCUACCGGCGGUGACGUCGGCGCAGCCUGCGACCACUGGCGGUCCCACUCUAAGGACGUCCGCGUCCGGCAGCAGGAGCUCCAGUAAGACCAACAGUUUGCAAAGUAGCAACAACACCGGCGAGGACGUCACCACGAGUAAGACGACGAGUUUGCAAAGAGGGAAUCGCUUAGUGGAGGAGGUAGUGUCCACCAGUCUUUACGCGGGGUACGGUUCGUACUUGAGCGGGUCCCAAGUGCAUGGUGGUGGCGGUGGCGGCACUUGGGGCACAGCGGGAGGACUCAACAGUGGCCAUCAGUCGCUCAAUUCCGUCAGUGGCGGUGGUGGUGGCGGCGGUGGCAGGAGCUCGUCCAGCAAGACCAACAGUCUGCAGACAAGCAACAACACUGGCGAUGAUGUCUCCAGCAAGACGACGAGUGUACAAAGAGGGAAUCGCUUAGUGGAGGACGUAUCCACCAGUCUUUACGCAAGUUACGGCUCGUACUUGAGCGGAUCCCAAGUGCACGGCGGUGGUGGUGGCAGCGGAGGUACAUGGGGCGCGGCAGGUGGACUAAGCAGUGGCCAUCAGUCGCUCAAUUCCGUUAGCGGUAGCAGGAGUUCGGCUAAGAACAACAGCCAGUUGCAGAGCAGUAACAAUGUGACGACGUCCGGCGACGUUCCAACAUGCAAAACGGAUCGCCAACAACAGCAGAGAGAUCGCCCGAGCGAGCUACCGCUGACGAUCUUUGACCAUUAUCCGCUGUCUUACAACUGCUUGUCCGAGUCGCAACUGCAUGCGAGCCAUCGCGCGAACCAGAGCAGCAGCCAUCAGUCGCUUAAUUCCAUCGAUGGUACGACGACUGGCGGAAAGUCGCAACGCGGUCGUCAGACGCAACAGCAGCAGCAGCAACAGCAGCAGCAACAACAACAGCAACAGCACAAUAACAACGGCACGUCGCAUGACAAUUACGGCACGCACGGCUCCUCGAGCACAUCCAGUCGGCUGGUGUUGUCGAUGCACCCGGUGGUACAGGAUAUCCUCGAGGAGCUGAGACGAUAGGUCGAGACGCGGAAUCGCCCUUUUUCCUCUCUACGUUUCAUUCGCCGUCGUCCACGGCGGAUGACGCUGCAAGACGAGCGUUUCGUCUUGCACGUUUAGUUUCACGCAUAUGGAUUAUUUGGGUCUCAUAUGAGAUAGGAAAGAAAAUACACGUAGUCCACACGAGGAUAAAGAAUGCGAUCCGGUGCCGGUCAGCCGACGUGAAACUUGUGGCUGCGGUUCGCUACCUGCCGUUCGUUCGAUUCACGGUGUCUCGACUGACGUUGAGGAGGGUUACUCAAGGUCGAGAGGGUGGAUGACCGCAUCGUGAUCGAUCUCGGAUUCACUGCUGUGAUUCACGCGUUGUUUCCCUACAAUUACUGGUGCAGCUGGUUUCAGUUGUGACGUGAAAUAGUUAUAAUCUGACGAAAAGAGAUAUUUCCUCGCCACAUAGAAUACAGGAAAAGUACACAAAAUUGUGAAGAGGGUUUGAGGUUUUUCCUUGAAAUUCGCGCGACUAUAAUAUUUUAUAGUCGAAUUAUACCGUUGCUUGAGUUUGAAAAAUAUUAUUCUGUGCAAGAACAAUAGAUUCGAAAAUUCGAGACGAAAUCUCGUUUUGAUGAAGAAAAUAACGGUGAAAUUUGAGAAUCAACGGUCAAGAAAAAAAUUGGUUUUCCCGAAUUCGUCGCAUUAUAGCCGUUUUACGCCGUUUUCGAUGUUUCAACGUUACUCCGCGUUGCUUUCUGAGCCGUUCGUUUGUGGAUUCUGUUUCUGCCAUUGUUUUUCGGACUCUAAUAGAUUAACAGGAAUUUUAAUCGACUAAUAGCACGAACUUUAAAUCAUCAAUCUUACGGAGAUACAGAGCAUACGAAGCACUCAUUCAUGCUCGUUCGCUCGACUGUGUUUCAUCCAAUAGAACAUGGAACGAAUAUUUGAAAGAAGGACGUUUUAAAUCUGCAUGACAUAUGAGAAAUAUAACAAAUUAAUGACCAAUCAAUGAGACAAAGAAAUACGGAAACGUAUAUAUUAUUGUCGAAUUUGUUACGUUACAAAAUGCACAAAUCCAUCAAUUUGCAAUUUUAGAGAUACCGGUUGUAUCUUCUAAUUACAUAUUUGUACAAAGCUUAAUCAUAGUGUACAUAAUGUCUAUACUUGUAUAACGUGAAUAGUGUGGAAGAUUGUGAAUAAGGGAUAUAGAUGGUCGAGACUCAAUAGUGGCCUGUUCGAGGGAGGAUGAUUUACUCUUAUUAUUCGCAUGUUGUUUAUCAUCAUAUGAUUGAAUUUUGUAUUUCUCAAUGAGAUAAUGAGCAAUUAUGGUGCGCGUAAAUGCGUUAAAGACUUUACCUAGUAAAUCAUUGCUGCACAGCCUCAUGCAGGACUAUCCCAUUAUGGGAGAUUUUUCUACCAUUUUUUUGUGGUAAUUGUGAUCGAGGUAUCAUAAAAUAGGAUUUUUGAUCACAGCUAACGGGCAUUAAAGCAUCGAUUAAUAAGCUCCAGGAAUACGUUCAACUAGAUGACGCUUACAAACAAAUACAUAAUUUUCCUAUUUUCUAUCGGUACGUUCAAAGGAGAUAAUGUAGAACUUGCAAACUCGCGACGAGAUAAGAUAAGACGGCAAUAUUGAAUCGUAAAUAUAAAUCAGCUGAUAGCUAGUUUAGGGAUGUCGAUCGACUCAUAUUUACAUGAUUCUCGAUUUGCAAAUUAUGAUCGAUGCAGAUUUGUCGUCGAUUAUUUCUCAUAGCCGCGACGCAAGGCAGCAGCGGUCACUCGAGCGGCUUGGGAGGAGGGAUUAUUGUGCCAAGAAAGCCAGGGAAUGUUCAAUAGAGCAGCGCGUAUGUGAUACAGUUAAAUACCUCUGCUGGAUACAUCGACGCGGUGCGUCGCGACGCCACCCUGUCGCCAGCGGUGUAGGUAUAGCGACUCGUUCGAGGUAAGAGGCUUAAUCUAAUAACGAAAAAGCAUGUGCUCGACUGAAUAGCGUAAUCUUGUCCGUAAGGUCGAGCUGAAUCUCGAAGGAUGCGGAAAGAGAUACUUGAUUUUCAUUAAGCUUCAUCAGGCUAUAGACGUCUUCGCGCUGAUCAUAAAGAUACUGUCGUUUGAUCCGGGCGAAAAUAUACGCGAUGUUAUACAUGUUCGUCGUCGGCAUGUUCAAGUACGUUCAUUGCACUCGAUAAAAGUGCGACAGUAUAGCUUGACACACGCGUUCGAACGGGAACGAAUUGCGAAGUUUGCGGAUUUGAUCGGUCGAGUUGAAUCGCUAACGCAUACCACGAAGAAUAUUAUAUAAAUCUAAAAAAAAUAAGCAACGUAUAAACAGGAUACACAUGUAUAGCUUGUAAUUUCUGUCAUUUUUGUUUCUGUAUGAUUCUUGUACAAAUUUGUUACGUUUAAGCAUUCAUUUUCAGUCGAUUGAAUGUGUAAUGAUGAUCGAAAAUUGUCUUUUUUCAUUCAUUCAUGAAUGAAAAAACGGUUUUUAUGUUUUUCUGACGAUGCUUAUAAUUAAUUAUGCUCCUGCAAUAUUGCAUUUACACUUUAAUCAGAUCAGAGGUAUAUUGAUAAUUAAAAAAGAAUAUCUUCUAAAUUUUUGAAUAGGAUGUGAUUUUGUUAUUCAAGUAGUUCAUGCUGAUACGAAAACUGUAAAAGAUAUACAAACGGCAAAUGAUGACUCAACUCGCUGCAAAGUGCUAAUGAUAAAUUGACGCUUGUCACGGUGUUGGUCUAUCGAUUUUAAGGUUGAGUCUGAAGCAAACCUGGAGUAAGAGCGAGGAAAUGCCGGGUGAACAUGUGACCGCACCUGCGGCCGCUAUACUUCGCUUACGACGAAGCGACGUCCAUCCGCGAUAAACGGUGGCGACGCACGAUUUACGACGAGAAGUAUCGCGCUUGGUUUGUUAAUUUCACGCUUCUUGUCCUCCUCUGGACUAACUAGGUUAAUUUCCUCGGCAUUCUCUUCUUGUCACUCAUUAUUCGUGCACGCGCGCUGCGUGCAUUUAAUUCGAGUUAUGCUUGGGGUUUGCACUCGGGAGCGAGUUCUUCUUCUCUCGCGAUUAUCGCACAGGAGACGUUCAGAAUUGUGUUUUCGCGUACGACCCGUCUUUCUCGUUUCUUUCUCCCGCGGGCAUGUACAGUCAGGUUUUACAGACCACGUCUGUAUAGCGAGAAAUCCGGUUUAAAGGGCGCUUUAGAAAGAACAGUAUCCGAAAAUAAAAGGGAUUUCCCAUGCUCAUGCGGGGUGAACGACCCGAGUGUCCUGCGACCGCUUUAGUUCCGUACCAUUAUCGGUGCCUCAUAGAUCCAGUCAUAAACAGCCGAGUUUUAUAUGACUGACAGACUUUACAAACGAUCAGUAAAUAUAAUUUUGUGACGCCAGGAAUCUUAAGAAAUAUAGACUUCUUUAAUCGACCAAACUGACAGUUUAUUAACCGUCGUCCAUCAUUUUUUUAACAACGCCAUCGUCCUACUGUAAACUUGAAUGUUAUACAUGUAUCGUUGACACAUAACUGCUUUAAAAAAUUUGGCAAAAUUCUUUGGACUUUUUGAAUGUUUCUGAACAUGUUUUGACAGUCGCCAAACCGGAAUGAUCAAUAGGUUUUUUAUGAAAAAUUGAAAUUUGUCGGUGAAAUUUACUAUAAGUAGUUUCAGCGUGUCACUCAAGUGUACAGUUGGAUGAUUAAUAGGAGGGUUAAUAAUCAUAAACACGACGUUUCGAUCAAUAUUUUGAUCCUUAUCAAGUGUUACAAGUCAAUUGACUUGUUUGUAGUUCUCUACCACGAACUGAUGUGUUUCUUACAAGUCCAUUUUGUGUCAAAAUUUUUGGUUUUAAAUUUCUUAAGCAAAAAAGAUUUGUUAACCGAUAAUUGACUUUGUAACACUUGAUAAGGAUCAAAAUAUUGAUCGAAACGUCGUGUUUAUGAUUACUAAUAAACUGCCAAUUUGGUCGAUUAAAGAAGCCUAUACUUUUUACAAACGAUCUCUUACACGAUUGAUCCGAAACGAAGGAAUGCGAUAGCAUUUGCGUGUAAAUGACUUUUACAUAAAAACCAAUCCAGUUAUCGAUUGUGUUUGCGCAUCAAUUUACGGAUCAAUAGUGAUUGAAAGUGAAAAUGCAUAAUUUUAUAAUUAAUUUUAUUUGUGCAAUAUACGUAUUAUUCUCUCUCUUUUAUUAUUAUUAUUUAUUUUAAAAGCAACCGCGUAUACAAACAAACGUAUUUUAUUAUAUGAUUAUUUUUCUAGGAAAACGUAAGCGAGUUUUCAAUACGUGCUCUUUAUUCAGAUGUGCAGCGACAAAAGAGAACUCAAUUCCAUCGGACAUUGUUAACCGAUGCUUUUUUGUACAGUUACAUCUAGACGCAAAUAUAUCAUUGAUCGCAAUAUAAAAUUAUUAACAGACAUCAUCGAUAUAGUAUCUUUUAGUAAAUGGCUAAUGGCGCUUUAAUUACACCCACACCCUAUCAUUUAUCAUCUAUUUCUCUCCGAGUUAUUUCAAGCGCCGCUCCAUGAUCGAUUGUUUAGUCACCAAGCAAUCUAGUUACCGAAAUAGGCUGCUCCGAGUAGCUUUUUCGGAACGCAAUAGCGUGCAGCUUGCGAACAAUGCAAUCACGAUGACUCCGGCGAGGCGAGAUCGCUAAAUUUAGUCGAGCAAAACGUGCGCGGUAGGCAGAAGUCGUAAGAACCGAGCGUGGAUGAGUGACGAGGCGACAAUGACGGAAAAACGCGACGAGAAAGAGAAAGGAUAGGAAGAACAAAAAAAGGGUGGCGGAUGGUGAAAAGGGCGCCGAUGCGCACCGGCAAUGGCGACAGCGAGCGAUUCAGCUCGAGAGUGAGGAGCGAUCGGCGAAUCAGCGAUUGAAAAUCGUGAUACCCGAACGGCAUGUCUUUGUGAUAUGGAACUUAGACGUACUGGAAUUUAUACUAACGAAAAUGUAGAUAAAUAUAUAUGUAUAUUAUUAAACACGUGUUGUAAAGUAUGUGUUUUACGCGCGCACGUUCUAUCGACGUGUACCAAUGAAUGAGUUUGUAAAGUGCGAUAUAGCUUAAUCUCGUCGUAGGUAAGGAAUGUUCGCGGAAGUACCGAUACCUUUUGCUCUUUCGUUUUGUAGUACGAAUAUCGACGGCUGCUCCAAGAACUAACAUGGCAUUAAAUGUCCUUAUAAAUUAUAUAGGGAUAAUUGGACCGUUUCUUGUUUCAUAAUCGAUAUUUGUCCUCUUUUCGACGGUAGAAUGAGUAGAACUGUUGGGUAUCGAUACAACUUUUGAGUAUAAUAUAACCCGGUUCAAUGAUACGAUGAGGAAUCCGGGACGACCUUCGUAACACGUUGCGACACGAACGUGGGUUUCGAAUUUGGAUCUGUUUUGUCCUUUCAUGUUGAAAUUGUUUCUGAGCGUGAAAAGGUUUAUUUUAUACUCCUAAUUAGCACGACGCAACAACGAUAGCGUAGCGCUUUUCAAUUCCUUAGCAAUAUUAUCUUGUAAGUCCUCGAUUCGUCCGUAAUAAAACGAUUACGUCCGACACUGAAAAGAUCGCGAAGUGCGCGAUAGGCGAAGCUAAUCUCAUCGAAAGGUAACGAUUACGUGGUAGCCGCGCUUGCGAAUGUUAAUCGCUACCGAAUGCCGAAAAACCGCGAUCCAUCGUUGCUCCACAGAGUCUCCGAAAUUGAUCGGAAAAAAGGAAAAGGAAAAACGCAUUGACCGGUCUCGGCGAUCACACGUACAAUCACGGUGCGCAGUACUUAGAUGGCGAUUUUCCGCGCUGAGACCGGUCGUCGUUAUCACUGCCGACAGCUUGUUGGGCAGGCGCCACGCUCCGCUUUUUACAAGCUGACUCAUUUACGCGAACCUAGUCUCCAUUUCCCCAUCCCGUAAUUAUCGCGAAUCGACAUAUCGAGUGCCGACGGCAACCCGCUAAUUUUGCAUACAAAAACGUUACCUAUACUAAAACCGCGCAUUAAGCAGGUAAAUAGAUAAAUGUGGAGCCACUCGACCAUUUUAUCAGCGUAUUUGCUACAUCACGAUUUUAACAGCGAUUAAGUGUAUUUUAAAUAUUUUCACCUGCAGUUACGACAUACGUAUUAAGUGAUGUAAAUUACUCUAUCGUGAACCUGUGUUUCUUGGCUAGAACAUUGUUGUCUCUACAGCCUAGAUCUGCUUCCUGAAAUGUGAUCGGGAAUAUCCGACCAUUGCAGCACGGCGCUCGACGUGUUGAAUCAUCAUCAUCAUUUACGGUUCAGUUGUCGCAUCGAUUUAAUUUAUUUUUUCACUGAUUCAAUGUGAUUCACGAUUAAACACGCGGUUGUCGAUGCAAUUUCGCGGCACAAAGCCACUCGCGUGUCGCCGACUGAUCUCGCGGAAGAUUACGUAAAGCCCGUUCGAAACCAUUUCUUUGGGAGAUGCACGAGUAAGAAGCGAGAGAGAGAGAGAGAGAGAGUGUGUGUGUAUGUGUGUGUGUGUGUGAGAGAGAGAGAUACUCCUUCCCUCUUUUUCUCGUCUUUCCGCUCUCCAGGUUUAACAGUGCUUUUUCUCGCCAUUUAUGCAACGCGUCUUGACGUUAACGAGAUAUAAGCGAUGGUUCUAGACUUCUAAUUUUCAAGGCCGCUGUAAACUUGGGUGGUUUUAAAGAGUUGAGUAGACUGCGAUUCAGCACGAAUAAGAGUUCUGAUUGUCUGAAAGCGCUGUACUUUCGAAUCUCUCUAGUUCCGUAAGAAAGUACAUGAACCAUGAAAAAAAGUACAUAAUCUCAUCAUACCUACAAAAAAUAAUGAUUGCUUUAGAUCUUCAAACAGUGUUUUGAGUAGUUUUAAUUUAUAACUGAAUAUACAAGACGUUUAUACCAGUAUAGGUGCAUUUCUGUUACAAUCCGAAAUCUAAUUUAUUUAUUUCCAAUAAUGCAUAAUUCUUAUUCUCUGAUACAUUACCUGAUAUUAUGUUCUCUGGCAUGAUGGCUUAAUAGCUUUGUUAAAAUUAGUAAUUUCAUAUGAAUAUUUAACGAAAGUUAAAUCAUGUAUACCAACGUGGAACGGAUGUACUGGCUUCGAUAUGCGGAACUUUCCGAGUUCAAGACUCACGCGAUUGAGGAAAUUCGUCGAUGAUCUCGGCGAUCUUGCGCGAACGACAUCGACUUAGACGGAAAUGGAUCGCGUUGCGGCAAACUCGUAACCACAGGCACAAGCAGAGCGUGAAAUAUAUUUAUCAGGAAAUCGGGUACGAACGCUUCGAAGAGGACGCGAAGCGAGCGAGCGAACAUUGAGUGUCGUAUUGUGAUUUAUAUCGUACCUCUUGGAGGGAUCAAAGGAAAAAUCGAUUCCAAAUUUCUCGGAGAACCUAGCUUGAGACAUCUUCUAUUUUGCAAGAGCCAGAUCACGCCGGAGUGAUGUAAGUGUUAAAGAAUCGGCACGGAAAGAGCACGUUCGAUAAUAAUGCGAGAACGAGAGACGGAAGUAGAGAGGAAGAGUGUACGUGUAUGUGAGGGAGAAAAAGAGCGACUGCGAAGCUAAACGACGAGAGAGAGACUGUACCACGUUUCUAACGUAACAAUAUGUAUGUACUAUAAUUGCAUAAACGUUUGUAUGAUAGUUAAGAGAACUUUCGUAAAACUGACUGUUAGGAACGCGCGUUUAGUAUACAUAAUACCCGUGUACGUGGCACGUACGUGGCGAACUGAGGUGCCUCGGAGUUCGUUGAGCGCGACCCCUCUCGCUUCGUGACCCGUCCCCAUGCAUCCCCCUGAUCGCAUCACCGUGAUCACGAUCGCACUUCGCCCCGGUAUGCACUUCCACCCGGAAGAAGCGAGAGGACCCGAUUGCGUGUGGCGUCGCGUGAAAAUCUUGUAUUCGUCAACUCCUCUGCGAACUCCCGCUCUCGUAUUUCCAAAGUCGAGUCUCGGCUAGCAUGCUUCGCGGACUUUCUUGCCCGGCGCGCGAAACUACGUUCAAGCUGCAGAUGCGCGUUCCAUCGACUACAGGGAAAAUGUAGUUUACGUGUCUCGAGAUCACAGGAUCGUCCGCGUUCCACAGAACAGAACGGAACACUCGCGUUCCUGCACCUGCAUUUGGAAAUCUGAUUUUUGAAAGCAAACUUAUAGCUUUUUCUUUUGUACCUGGAGAUGACUAGGGAUACGUACUUGGUGCUAUAGCAACGGACGAGCGAGCGUCAUUCUAUCUUUAUUGCUCACUGAAUAUUAGACAAAGAUAGAAUAUUGCUCGCGUCGUUCGCACGAGCGCCAACUGGAACGUACCUUAGGAGAGAAUACUCAUUUUUACUAUCCGCUGUUUUGGAAUUAUAAGGUAUUUCUAGUUUUACGUGGGUCAAUUUUUCAAUCUUCUGAUUCAAUUUACCCGGUCCGUUAGAAUGUUAAAGAGCGAUCUGUAAUAAUGAAGCGCAAGUUGCGUAUAUUCAUCACGACGUUUAAUAUAUUGUUACAUAUACAAUUUAUAUCCACUUAGGCGCGCGGCAAGUUGCUCAGUUGCGUUCACCGUCCCACCUGAUAGACUCGUCGCGCGGACUCAUUUGCGACUUCUAAGAACCGUCGGAUUAUUCUAUAAUGCGACCGGUUAUUCCGUAAUGACCAAUAACGACCCGAUGGAUGCCAUCUGCAGUUGCGUUGUACCGGGGAAAUUGCUUGGAAAAUUGCUCUCGCGAAGCGGGCGGUCGCGCGGAGCUGAUCCGCGAUCGAUCGGCGAUUAGCGACGAUCGAGAGUUGUUAGUCGGUUGAUCGCACGUCCGAUGCUACUUUCGGGCUGUGGAUUUUCACGCGGGCACACAUUGCUCGCUAAGCAAGAUCGACGAGCAUGCAUUCGGUGCAUUUCUUGUACGCGACGCCGAUCGCGGUCGAUCUAUCGGUCGAACGCGGGUCGGCGCGCACGCGGUGACUAGUCGUAAAAAGAAACUAGAACGAGCAAGCAUUCGUCAAGGCCCAAAUGUGUCGAUGUCCGCGAUCAUUUGUACACCCGCGGCACGUGCGCAGCGUGCAACGAACGACGUAGAUAGAGGUACACAUUAAGCAAUUAGAGCAGGCCACUGCAUUAAGUCGUCUAGAUAAGCGAGAAUUUUUAGAAUCGGUUUCCCCACACAGAUGCAGGUCGGUUGACUUUAACCUCGGUUCGAUCGAUUCUCCGUGCCCGGAAUAUCGUGACACCAGUUAUCGUAAAAUAAGGCCGUCUUUUUAUAGAAAUUUUGGAGUCUACAAAUUUCGGGAAUUUUUUGUAUAUCGUGCAUAUCUAGAUAACUGGGAAUUUAAAUCAAUUUUCUGUCGAGAAAAGAUGAAAAGUACAUUUUUCCAUGAGGGAAAAUAUUGGCGACGAUACCAUUAUGUAUACGUGGAUGAAUCGCGGUUGGUGUUAACCGACGAAAUCGGCCCUUAGAUAACGUAAUGAUCACGUAGUGUAUAAGAAAAAAGUGAAUACAAGUGGAGGGAGAAAGUCGGCUAGCAUGUAGAUGAAACGCUGGUUUUUAGCGACCAGGACAACGUGUUUUUCUCGCUAUAUUUAUUUCCUUACCGCGACCCUCUUCGUCGAAGGGAACGACCAAUCGAUCGCGUAUCAUGAUACUUCGUUUAUACGAUCGAUUUUCGUCUUCAUCACGGUACGAUAAUUGUGAAUCGUGGUAGUAUUAAAUCACCGACAAUAUUUUUGCAGCUACUGCUAAUUUCCAUUCAAAUUGCGGUCGCUUCAGACACACGAAAUCGAAUUUAAAUUGUACCUUAUAGAUUCCUUAUUCGGUUUUACUCGUGACUCAAGCUUGUCAAUUAUCGUAUCGCGACGCACAAGAAAAAUCGCGCGCAUGCAAUCAUCCCGAGGCCCGAUUGCACCGACAACUUGGUUGAUCAAGACUGCCUGAUUACUUGAAAAUCUUUUUAUUCGCGAGAGCGACUCUGUCCCGACAGCCAAAUCUUGUAGCGGCUAGGAAUAAAGUUGAAAAGUUGGGCGGCAGAGCUUCUUAUCAUCCCGAUGCUCGUUCUCGAUAGUAAAACUUUGAGGCGGAUGCUCAGUCUAACUAUAGUUGGUGGUUGGCUGUUCUUCUGCUGAACGUAAACGUAGUUGCGCGGGGCAAUGCAAUUAUAGAGUGAGAAAACCGAGUUAACCAGGCUAGAAAUUAACCAAUCGUCGAUGCGGUCGGUUCUACAGUGUCUUUUAUUUCGCAUCCAACGAAGCAUUCUGCGUUGUUCCUCGGUCAUUGUGUACCUUAUUGGUGACUGGCAAGCCUCAAGUUUUUACCGUAACCAAACUGGGUUUUGCGUUGAACCCCCCGUUUUCCUAGCCCUCGGAGUGUAACAUAGAUUACGUAUGUACGUGCCUGCGAGAAUAAACUUGGCGAAACACACACGCAUUUAUACAAAAAAACACACACACUUUUACGUUCAUUUACAAUCCGUAACUUUUUAAAUGUUCAUAUCAUUUUUUACCAUCGCGAAGUGUACCUUGUACAACAAGUUCAUGGCAUAAUUUCUGUAUAAUGUCACUGUCGCUUUGUUCCUAGCAUAAGUCUGUACAUAAUCGUGGCGCAUAAUCCAGGUAACGUAAAGCUUUAUAUUCCAGAAAGCUAAGCGUAGUGCGUGUUAAUUAUCGUCAUUACGGUCGCGACGAUCAUUGUGAUAGCUACGUGGUUGCGAGCCGUCAUCACGCAGCAACGACAGCAGAUUGUGAUCCGAAAUUUAUAUACUCCGUAGGAGAUUUAGAAUCUGUAAGAUGUAACACGUGGAGUUACAGAUCGAUAACAUUUUAAGGUAGCGCAUUAUCUUUUCAAUGUGCCGAUUGGAAACCGCGAUUCGAAGUGAGCCGCAUUUAAACAUCUCGUUUUUUACAUAUCGUAUGAAGUGCUAGAUCAUUAAAUUUUAACGUAUACUAAUUUUGUAGUAAGUUAGUGGCGAUUAUUUUCGAACGUAUCCGUUAUUUUAAAUGCAAAAUCAAAAGAUCUCCGAGAUUAUUUUCCACGCUUAGUAACUGAAUUGAUCGCAAAAGGAUCGUUUUUUCAAGCCUGGGAUUAAUUUCCUUCCGAGUGCAUCGCGAAAAUUGGAUGUGGAGUGCACUUUCCGCGUGGAGAGACAUUACAUACCCUUUGUCUGCGGGACGCUCCAAGAACUGCGCUUUUGUUUGCGUAUUCGCGUGUCUCGAUUGAACGGUAUGCGAUGCGUUACCUAUACCUUGUCGUAUGAAACAUGUAUAAAAACGUGCGAGCCACCGCAUCGAUCUCCGAUAAAAUGUGCGAUGUGCGAAGGAGGUAAUACGCGCUCGACUCCUAUCAGGAUUGUAAUCGCCGAACGAUUUCAGGACGAUCGUAAUUACACAAGCUACGCCUGCCUUGUUUUCGUUCAAUAGCCAACUGUUUGCAUUUUCCAUCCGGGCGUUGUUUUAGCGAGACGUGACCUGGCACUUUUUUUAUGUCACAAAAAUGCGCUGAGUUGUGUCCGUUAUUGAUCGAUAUUGUCCUAACGUGAAUGCAACCCUGACUAUUAUGUAGUCAUAAUUUCUGCAAAUUUAUAUAAGCUCUUUUACGAGAAAAGUGGAAUUAUAUAAUGAAAGAAUGCUGCCACAACCCUUCCUGUUACCUGCGUAGAUUUGAAGGGGUGCAUACAUGUACACGCAGACUGUCUCACGCGUACACGUGGUGCUGGUUAAUUAUUUGCACACACACACACACACACACACACACACACACACACACACACACGCGCGCGCGCGCGCGUUUCUCCGUGCACGCUUGUGCCCCUGAUACUAUCUCGUACAAGGGCUGUCGUUUAAUUUACGAUAAUAUCUGGUUAUUAUUUUACUUAGUCGACUAUAUAAGAUUUUUCCUAUAUUUUAAGUUAUUAAUGUAUGUAUACAAGUAUUUUGUUCAUGUUCACGCCGCUGCGACACAUUCGGCAGUUUUAGAAAAGCGCGAUUAAUUCAGUUAUCAGCUUUAUCCAUUAUCAAGGAAGAACGCAUUUUGUGCCUCUAUUGAGGUAUUAUUUAAAGUAUUUUAAGCAUUUUAUAUUAUAUUUAUUUAUUUUUAUUAUGCGUUUUAUUUUAACACAUUACUGCCAGUUGCAUUUAUGUAUUAUGUCUUUUUACCUCAUACUGUAUUGUUCGAAUAUUUUUAUUGACAACAUGCAUAUGAUAACAGUAUUUUCGUAGAGUGUUUUAUUCGAAAAUGAAAAAAUUAUUCUAAUUUGAGAGCGUUAUCUUGCAAAUUAUAAAUUUAAAAUCUUGCCUUGCAUACUCUUGAAUUUUCUGCAACAAAAUGACCAUACUCGCUCAACUCGUCUUUGAAUUUCCACAUCUUUCUCACGAAUGAUUCGCAGCGGCUUGUCGUCUCGUCGGCUUUAUAUCGCCAGAAAUGCGCACCGUAUUACUGACACGCAUACACGUACACACGAAUACAAAUACGUAUAUCUAUCUCUGCUCCGGUUUUACGUAAGUUUGUACGCUAAGUUCUUAGGAUAUUAAUGUGGCUUUUCCUUUUAUUUAAGCAACAAUGCAAAGUUUGAUCUCUUUACUCGUACAUACAUCACUCUAUCAAUAUAAAUAAAUAAAUAUAUAUAUAUAUGAAUAUAUAUAAUGUAUGUUAUAUGUACAAUGUACAAUAUAUAUAUAUAUACAUAUAUAUAUAAAUAUAUAUGAAUAAUUUGUAUGAGUAUGGUUACGCAAGAAAAAAUCAUGCUCGUUACGUCCUUUCCUCCCUUCUAAGCUCUCACUUUACGCUUCGCGCGAUUAGCGGAAUGUACUUUCGACGAACGAAGGGACGAAGCACGAUCGUUGUGCGUUCCUUUUCACGUGGAACACACCACAUUAUACAUAUAUAUAUAUAUAUAGAUAUAUAUAAGAAAAGAAAUAUACAGAUAGAGGAUGAUUCGCACGAGCGUUUUCGUCCCAUGUGUAAAGAUACACUAUCGUUUCACCAUUAUCCCUCCCCCUGUCCGCAAACCGUACAAUUAUAAACGCGUUCUCGCCGCGAGUCACGAAAGCGCGAAUAUGAUUUUUUAAACAAUUGCUCCGACUUGAUUAAGAAAUGAAAUAAACGCUGCUUAUGACAGUUAAA